CGCACUGCGCCGGAUACUUGUGAAGUUCAAGAAGUCGGAAGCUGAGUGUCCGGAGCGCCGCUACAAAGUAUCAAAGUCUGCAACAUUGUAUUCUCCGGGAUCACCGACACAUCGGAGCGGGGGUCUCCUGCCAUACAGGUCAGCCUGGCCUGGGGGCUGUAUAUAUAUGGACUGAGAACUCUGCCCCCCUCUGUAUAUAUAUAUAUGGACUGAGCGCUGUGCCCCCCCCCCCCUCCCCCCUGUAUAUAUAUGAACUGAGAGCUGUGCCCCCCGUACAUAUAUGGACUGAGAGCUGUGCCCCCCCUGUGUAUAUAUGGACUAAGAGCUGUGCCCCCCCCUACAUAUAUGGACUGAGAGCUGUGCCCCCCCCAUGUAUAUAUAUAUGGACUGUGUAUCUAGAUGAGCGGCUGGUAUCAUGGAAUGCACCAUCCCAGCGCAAUGUUUGCUGCUCUUCGCCGCCUGCGAGGAUGGGGACCUGGACGGCGCACGGCGAUUGCUGGAACCGGAGAAUUCCAGCAGUUCAUCCAGCGCAGGGGGCCGCGGAGGAGAAGGAUCGGGGUCAUCCCGCGUAAACCUCCAAGGAUUCUCAGGUGGGUCCGCUCCAGGGUCCGCCCUUGUGCCUGUGGACUCCACGGAUGAAGACGGUAACACGGCGCUACAGCUGGCCGCUGGAGGAGGACACGAGCCGCUGGUGAGGUUCCUGCUAAUGAAGGGGGCCUCAGUGGACAGCAGGAACCACUACGGUUGGACGCCACUCAUGCAGACGGCCAGGUCGGGGCAUCUAAACGUGGCCCAUAUUCUGCUAGAAAACGGCGCAGACGUCAAUGCUCAGAACCGGCUUGGAGCCAGCGUCCUGACGGUGGCUUCCAGAGGGGGUCACGCCAGCGUGGUGAACCUGCUCCUGGAAAGCGGCGCCUUUGUGGACAACUACGAUCAUUUUGACGUCAAUGCGAUGGGCAAAGGUCACGGCGAGGAGAUGCCGGAGAUUACGGCUUUGAUGACCGCCGUGCAGCACGCUCAUGAAGUGGCGGUGCGCCUGCUCCUGGACUGGGGUGCCGAUGUGAAUUAUUGUGUAAAGACAGGUUGGAGUCCGUUGAUGCUUGCGGCUCUGCACGGUCGCUUGAGCGUGGCCCAGCAAUUGGUGGACAGGGGAGCCGACCCCAACCAAGUGAACAGCUUGGGGAAGACCCCUUUCGAAAUCGCCUUAAACUUCAAACACAAAGACACUAGAGACUACUUGGAUUCCAUUACAACCGUCAGGCCUAAGACCGACGAGGAGAAGAGGCGGCCUGACAUUUUUCAUGCUGUAAAAAUCGGGAAUCUGGCCUUGGUUAAGGAAAUUGUGGAUGAGGAUUCCAACCAGGUCAACGCUGUUAAUGCUGAUGGAGCUUCACCACUCAUGAUAGCGGCAGUCACAGGAAGACUCGAACUGGUGCAACUUCUGGUCGACAAGAAAGCAGAUAUAAACAAACAGGACAGCGCCCAUGCCUGGACUGCUCUGAUGCAAGCGACCUACCAUGGAAACAAGGAAAUUGUGAUUUAUCUACUAAACCAAGGCGCCGACGUCAACCUCCAAGCCAAAAAUGGUUACACGGCUUUUGAUUUGGUCAUGCUCCUUAAUGACCCAGACACCGAGCUUGUCCAGCUUUUGGCAGCUGUAUGCCUUCAAGGAGACAAGGAAAAGUCGAAGCAGAAAAAUAAAUUCCAUAAUACCAAGAGCAAAUCAUCUUAUAACAGCCCGGUUCCUCCAGAUGACAAAGCAGGCGUCAAGUCGUGGUGGAACAGAAUGUCCAAUCGUUUUCGGAAGCUGAAGCUCACACAGACCUUGAGGCAAAGCUUCUCCCCCAGUCGUCUUGUGCCUUUGACCGAAAACGUAAGUUCGUCUUUCGAUUCCAUGAUUAGAACACCCUCACAGACGGAGAUGGGCAACUUUCAAAGACCCGACUCUACUACAGCUUGGACUGCUUACUCCAAAGACAGCGGUUUGGGAAAAACCAAAACCGAUAGCGAUGACUUGCUGCUUGCUACUAUGUUAAAGAAUGGUUCUCCGUUUGCUAAACUCCCCAAUGAAAAGUUAAAGGCCGUGAUUCCACCAUUCUUACCUCCCUCAAACUUUGAAUUGUGGAAUUCUGAUCGGUCUAGGAUCGGCAGAGAUGGAAAGUUGGACCAGACUCGCUCCUCCACACCCCCAAGACUGUCAAAGCCAAGUUUCAACGGCAGCGGUAAUUCCGAUAUUACUUCAAUCAGUAGAGCGCCAAGAACUGUUAAAUUUCCGUCUUUGCCGAGAAGCCCAGCAUCUCCUUCCAACUCCGGCAACUUCAACCACUCGCCUCACUCUUCAGGAGGUGGCGGGAGUGUCGCAGGAGGGAGUGCGGACAAUGUCCUUUCACAAAUAGCGGCGCAAAGAAGAAAAGCAGCCAGUUUGUCAGAACAGAAAAAAUCACCUAUAAACAUGGUGAACAAAACCAGUGGCUCCACGGCUCCUGAACCGCUGAGCAGCAACGGACACUUGCCAAAGAAAAACGAGAUUCUAAAACGGCCUCCGUCAGGAACAUCAUCUACCUCCAAAAGCACCUCUCCUACUUUGACUCCAUCUCCCUCACCUUCACCCAAAGGUUGCCUGGUGGAGUCCUCCAUGUCUUCUUCAUCCUCUCACAAACAUUCCAAGAGCAGUGGAGGCUCCAGCAGCGGAACUAUUACAGAUGAAGAUGAACUUUCUGCCAUUCUGAAGAAGUUAUCCCUGGAGAAGUACCAGCCCAUAUUUGAGGAGCAAGAAGUGGACAUGGAAGCUUUCCUCACGCUUACCGAUGGUGACUUGAAAGAGUUGGGUAUAAAGACUGAUGGAUCCAGACAGCAGAUCCUGGCAGCUAUAUCGGAACUUAACGCUGGAAAGGGCCGUGAGAGACAAAUUCUCCAAGAAACCAUAAACAAUUUCCACUCUUCAUUUGAAAGUAGUGUUAGUAAUACUCAGCCCCCUGGAGUCAACCGAUCCCCCUCUGUAAGUGCAGGACCAAAAGCUACCGUAUCCAACAAAAGGUAACCAAAUGGUCAGCUCACCCUUCUCCCUGGGAUCCUAAAGCUCCUCAAUGGAGAGCAUGGUCCCUGUACCUUCUACCAGAAGGAGGUUGAUCAGCACAUUUAAAACUAAAUUUUAAAUUCACAUACAGUGGAACCUCGGAUUGUGAGUAACGCGGUUAAUGAGCGUUUUCGCAAUACGAGCCCUGUA